AUGAUGUUGGACACAACCAAAGAGCUUCCGUUCGUGAUUGGGGCUGGUGUGGGUCGAACAGGCACCCAUUCCCUUCAGGCCGCCUUGAUUACCCUGGGCUACAACAAACCGUUUCACAUGCAUGAGAUUCUGGAUGGACUUGUGGAUGCGGAUCCAUGGUUUGAGCUGGCGGCAAAUGAACGAGCCACAGGAAUGAUCAACAACACAUUGGCCCUCAAGAUGGCUCAAAAUGUCAUUGAUCUUGGAUACACUGCCACCACUGACUACCCCUGCUGCUUCCUCUAUUCUGAAUUUUUGGAGCUCACCAAUGGCAAAGGAAAGGUCAUUUUGUCGGUCCGAUCCAGUCCAAGUGACUGGAAGAAAUCGGUCCUCGAUACAAUUGGGAUCCUUUCUCUUCCAUUCUUCAAGCCACCAUUUUCAUUCAGCCCAUUCUUUUCCCAGUUUGCUGGUGUCCUUGUCCCUUGGCUGUGGGAACGCACUGGAGUUGCCAAUCUAGGACAGAUUGAUGUCCCUACGGAAUCUUUAAUUGACUACGAAGACAGCAUGGAGGCUGCCUACACACAAUGGAUUAAGACCAUCAAGAAGCAAGUGCCUCCUGAACAGCUCCUUAUUCAUCAUGCCAAGGACGGGUACCCCCCACUCUGCAAGUUUCUUGGUAUUGAAAAGGCUGACUGCCCAAAAGAAGACUACCCCCAUAUUGGUGACACACAAGAAAUGAAGCAGUUGAUUCGAACAUUUGAGAUUGUGACAGAAGUCUUUUGGCCAGUUGUAGCCUUGCUAGGCCUGCUGCUGGUGCUAGUGAUUCGGCGUGUGAUGCGUAGGAACGGAAAGGGAAUGUUCAGCAAGACCGCAAAAAAGGUGGACUGA